AUGGUUAAAAAUAAUAAUAAAAGAUCUUCCGAUACUACCGUUACUACCGACACUACCGAUGCUGCCAAUGCUACCAAAGAUGUUAUUUUUAGGACUGUAAAGGCUAAAUAUGAUGUCAAACCAAAAAAAAUCUUCAGAAAGGAUAGAGUAAUUUUAGAGUAUUGCUUCGAUAAAAACCCAUUCCCAGACACCAUCGAGAAAGAGAUCAUCGCCUACCAAUUAGAAAUUACUGUUAGUCAAGUCGCCGAAUGGUAUAAAGACAAGAGGGAUAACUUAAAGAAAUCUAGAAAUAUCUCUGUCCCAAAGUAUAAUAGAAGCACCAAUGAGUUAAACCUUUUCUUCCACAAUUUCCCAUUCCCCACUGAAGAGAACAUUGCAUACUUUGCAUUAAUCUAUGGUGCUACCAAAGAAAAGAUCAGAGUUUGGUUCGUGUCUAAAAGAUACAACAAGAGAAAAACACAUAUAUUCAUUAAAAAUGGUUCCAUCGAUAAAUCUUCAUACGAUCCAUACCGUCAUCUUGGUAAUUUCUAUAAUUUCUAUGAUGAUGAAUACGGUGUUAACACUGAUACAUUUUCAGAAGAUCAAUAUAAACCAAAUCGUAUUAAAACUUUUGACCACACAGUUUACUCUAUUACCAACAUCCCAGAAUCCAAAAGGAUAAAUCUUUUUUCCCAAAGAACAAGAAGACUUCAAAACGCCUAUUCUUUCCAAAUCUUUAAUGAAAAUAGAGAUUAG